AUGAUGCAUAUGAUAUCAGCAACACUAGAAUUUUUGGCAUCUGGGUCUCUACAGCGUCACGUGGCAUCAACUUAUAGAAUCAGCAAACAACGUCUUGGCCCGAUUAUCGAACAAACUUGCCGUGCUAUAUUUGAAGAGUUGAAGGGGUCAUUUAUGAAGCCGCCGACCAAGGAUGAAUGGAUAGAAAUUGAAAAUGAAUAUAAUGGAUUAUGGAACUUUCCGAAUACAAUUGGUGCGAUUGAUGGAAAGCACGUGGGUUAUCAUAAUAUCGUGUUGAUGGGGCUCGCGGCUGCCGACUACCGUUUUUUGUUUAUUGAUGUUGGAGGGUAUGGAUCGGAAUCUGACAGCCAAGUUUUCCGUUCCUGUGAAUUGGGGCGUGCGCUUUAUGGGGAGCUGUUGGACCUGCCGGAUGACACUACUGUAUUUGGGAAGAAUAUGCCGUUAAGUAGAGCUCGUCGUUGUAUUGAAAACUCGUUUGGAAUAUUGUGCGCACGAUGGGCCUGCCUUGCUCGAACUUUAUUCAUGAAACCGGAAAGGGCUCAAGUCAUCGUCGCAGCCUGCUGCACGCUACAUAAUUUUCUCAUUAAAAAAUGUACUGAUAUUUACUCUCCCCCUGGAUUUGCGGAUUAUGUGGACAUUGACGGGAUCGUUGUAGAAGGAUCUUGGAGGAUAAGGGUCCCCGAUAACUCGAUGUUUAACACAAGCAUAACUCAACAAAUUCAAAACCCAAACGUUAGUGUUGGAAAUGAAAUUAGAAACCAUUUAUCAGCUUUCGUUAAUUCAAUUCAAGGUUCUCUAGACUGGCAACGGUCGUCUGUAUUUUUAGACUAG